CUUCACAGACGUAGUAACUACAAAUCUUAAGCUACGAAACCCAUCAGAUAGAAAAGUAUGCUUCAAAGUGAAGACCACGGCGCCUCGUCGGUACUGUGUGAGGCCAAACAGCGGAAUUAUUGAUCCAGGAUCGUCUGUAGUCGUUUCAGUAAUGCUACAGCCUUUUGACUAUGACCCAAAUGAGAAGAGUAAACACAAGUUCAUGGUACAGACAAUCUAUGCACCACCAAAUAUUUCAGAUAUGGAGGCAGUGUGGAAAGAGGCAAAACCUGAUGAGUUAAUGGACUCCAAGUUGAGAUGCGUGUUYGAAAUGCCYAAUGAAAAUGAUAAACUGAAUGACAUAGAUGCAAGCAAAUCUGCCCCAGUCCUGAAUACAUCGAAACAAGAUGGACCGAUGCCAAAACCACAUAGUGUUUCACUUAAUGAUACUGAGACAAGGAAGCUAGUGGAGGAGUGCAAAAGACUUCAGGCAGAAGUUAUGAAGCUGUCGGAUGAAAAUCGGCUCCUGAGAGAUGAAGGCUUGAGGCUCAGAAAGGUAGCACACUCGGAAAAAGCUGGAUCACCCACAGCCUUGGCCCUCAGAGAGAAUGGCUCGAAUUCUCUUCCUUCACUUCUUGUUGUAAUUGCAGCCAUUUUCAUUGGAUUCUUUCUAGGGAAAUUCAUCUUGUAGAAAGAAUGAGGGAGAGAAGCAUGCAAAAUGCUUUUCUUUUUUUUUUUUUCUUUUUUUUUCUUUUUUUUUCUUUUUUUUUUUUUCUCCCUUGGCCAGAAAAAAAAGAUUUGUUUACCUACCACGUCUCAUUGGUAGUAAUGGCCCCACAGCCCAAGUGACCAUUUUUGUGUACAGCAUCAUAACAGGCUUUGCCUCUAAUGAUCUCGCACGGUUAGAAAACGCAGUUUAAAAAGACAAACUGUUCGGCUACUGGACAAAAUUGUACAUUAAAUCAUCAAUAGCAGACGUCAGUUGCACAUUGAGUCCUUUAUGAAAAUUCAUAAAUAAAGAAUUGUUCUUUCUUUCUGUGGUUUUAAUAAGAGUUCAAAAAUUGUUCAGAGUCUUGUAAAUGUUAUUUUAAUAAUCCUUUAAAAUUUUAUCUGUUGCUAUUACCUCUUGAAAAAAAUGAUUUAUUAGAUUGCUAAUCCCACUCAUUCAGGAAUAUAUGACAAGAGGUAUUCUGGGGGAAAUGGUGCCUCUUUCUGUGUAAAUUUUCUCCUUACCUUACUUUGCUAAUAUCAUGGCAGAAUUUCUUUCUUAUCCCUCGUGAGGCAUUGUUGAAAGUUUUUUCAUCCUUACAAUCCUGUCCCGUAAUAUUUAACAUUACAAAAGAAAUAAAAUUGUUAACAGACUUUUCUGCUGGGUAGCCUGUUUGUGUGUGUCGUACUUCUAGAAGGGAUUCCUAACCAGUUCAUUGUUCAUGGUAAUUUGCUCCUUGUAACAAAUGGCUAUUUUACAAUUUGUUUGCAUAAGUCUCUGGCUUGGACUGUUGUAAUUGAAGCUUGAAAACGUAAUAAGGGUUUCCAUUCUGUCUGUUAAAGUGAAUUGUUUGCUGGCAACUUUCAGCUAUGGAGGAAAUUAUCCAGUUUGUUUUGGGGCAGAAUAAUUUGGAUAUCCAUCAGGUGUAAACAGCAGAAAUAAAUGUUUUGAGCAUAUUAACACUUUGCUUGGAUUGUGCAGGAGUGUAAUAAUGGACGUUCUGUUCCAUCCUUGGGUCUUCUGGGUAUCUGUCUAGGUGACAAUGUAAUCAUCCUUGGAAUUCAUAAGGGUUUCAAGAGGGCGAACUCGCUCAAAAACUUCAUUUUAACAGAGAUUCAGAAACCCAAUUUGAAUGYGUUGGAUGCCCAUAAUGAAUUCCAUGAUGCAGAAGAGUUGAUAUUUACUGAGUAAGCCCUAGUUGCUMGUCUUUGGAAAUGGAAAGUAAUUUUUAUGCAACUUCUGACAGGUCUACCUAUGUAAACCAUGUAUAUCUACGUUUUAAAGUAUGCAUUUUGGGGUCUGAAAUACUUCCCUGCACUUAAUCUUAUGUCUUGCCUCAUCUCUGAAUAUGUCAUAAAAAACAACAGUAAUAUUGGAACAAAAUAGUACCUGUGCUUCUGACUAAGCAUAAUCCAAUACAGGGAAUUACUUGUAAACUGAAAAAUUGUGGAAGAGAUUUGCUCCUGUAAGCAAAAUUGUGUAUGCUCUUGGACAGCUUGACUUGAUGUGGUGCAGCUAAGUGUGUUAGACCUUGGUAUGUGCACACGUUAUGUAGUUGAGAAAAAUGUUCUAGAGGAUUUCAUUAUCUUGGUUGCCUUUGAUUUCUAGUGCUUUUUCUUUUUUCUUUCAAACUAUGAUUACAUCAUGUACUGUCACUGCUCUCUGUGAUAUUUUUAUAAAAUCUUGCGUAUAUGCAAGGAUAAGGGUGAAGAAAAUACAAAUAUUGCUUUUCAUUUAAGCAUGCAAGUACASAUGCUUCCAGUUACAUGUUCCAGUGUCUGCCUUCAAGUCUCCUUUCACUGCGGUGCCUGGAAGAGCGCUGCUAGGUCUGGGUUAUUCUCAUCCCGCUGUUCAGAGUGGUGUAAGUCUCCAGUUUUAUCUCCAGCAGAACACUGACACAUCAGACUUCAGAGCCUGUUCCCAAGUGAUGGCAUGGCAAAGGAUGAGGGCAGUGGUGGGCAGCUGCAGGCAGGGCAGUCAUCCCAGCCUGGAAGGAGGAAGUAGAAAAUGGGAGAUGUUAGUGCAGAGAUCUUGCUGUAUGGAGGCUUCCAAGGGUAGCUGGCACUUUCAGCACUUCCAAGCAGAAAAAAAGGAGUCGUUUACCCAUGCAGCCAAGCCAGGCUUGAUGUUUGGCAGCAGUGCUGUGAACGGCCACUAGUAAUAAAGUAAAAAACAAUGAGAAAAUCAAAUUUUAAGUUUUUUUUUUUAAAUCAACAGGUGGUGGUGAUACCUGAUCAGGGUUGGUGUAAUGUCCUCAGAGUCAGCGUGGAGAGCGCUUGUUAAUGGUCUAAGGAGACUGUGGUGGUUUCCAGUAAUCCCUUCA